CAUUACAAUUUAUAUUAACUAUUUUAUAUAACACAUAACAAUAAUAGAAUCCAGAUAUACAAUGGCAACUCAAGGCAACAACCGAGCUAUAUAUUACGGUUGCCUUUAUGACACGUAUUCUCGCGAAUGGAUGGCUGCGAGUACUAUCACGUAUUUCAGCGAUGAUAGAAAAGAUCAAAUUCUUCCAUAUACGUGUGCAAUACGCAUGGCAAAAAAAUCUAUAAAAGAAUGUUCAAUUUGUUACGGAAAAAUCAGUACGACGGACGUUAUUGUUGCAUUUCCAACCAAAGAUUGCCGAGGUCCGUAUGGCUAUAUUUCAUUAUGGUGCCAUGUAUAUUGUGGCAUGUAUGUGCUUGCCCGUUUGAUUGAACUAAACUUGCUAUCAAAAUCUACUGACGGUGUGACGAAAAAUCAACAUUCUACCGAAGCCACAUUAAAGAUUGAAGAAGGUUGCGACACUAAAAAAGAUACAUCACCAGAUAUAAAACCACUUCCAGCUGAUGUUACUACUUUGGAGGUUAAAAUAGAAAAUAAAACCGAAGAAGUGGAGGAGAGUGCACCAUCUGACGACUUGGAAACUAUACUAACAAAUCAGACAUUUGGUUUUUCAGAUUUGUUGCAAAAAUAUAAGAAAACUGUCAUUGAGUUAUUGAAAAAGCCAAUAGAUGCAAACUUUGAUGUUACCUACUGCAAUUCUGUUGAACCAGAGAAGGAAGUGCCUAUAUUGGAACCUGUGCAUCAGCCAUCUCAAUUGUUGAUACCGUUAUUACCAUUCCAAAAGGAUGGAGUUGCAUGGAUGCAACAGCAGGAAAUGGGACCUGUCCGAGGUGGUAUAUUAGCCGAUGAGAUGGGUAUGGGUAAGACCAUCCAAACCAUUGGUCUUCUUGUUGUCGCUAAAAAUGAAGCCUUGGCUAAUGAUCUAGCUAACCCGACUGCCACUUCUGCACCAGUUACUGAUCAUAAACUUGCUACUGCAGAAGUAAAGGCAGAUACAAGCCAUUGCAGCCAAGAAUCUACACAAUGCAAUACCCCUAUUGAUGGUGAUACUUGCCAACAGAGUAGCGUCACCUACAAACCUGAGCUUCCCCCUGAAUCUAAACGGAAGAAGGGUAAAAAGAAUGAUAAAAACGCCGGCGUUUCGAUGCUGAAUGUUCAGGGUGGAACACUAAUUAUAUCGCCUCUUGCCGCACUUUUACAGUGGUACAAUGAGAUUAAAACUAAGGUAGAAGAUGGAUUUAUUUCGGUGUUGUUGUACCAUGGGCCACACCGUAAGAACCUGGUUAAAGUUUUGCACGAAUACGAUGUGGUACUAACAACGUAUUCUAUUGUCGAAUACGAGUUCAGGAGAGUUUUGAAUCAAAGCAAAACUCCGUGCCAGUACUGUGGUCGCAUGUAUCUGCCUAACACUUUGACUGUACACCAAAAGUACUACUGUGGCCCAUUUGCUAAAUCCAAUUCGCGGAGAGAAAUGAAUGGGCAUAGUACUGACCUUCCUACGAUGAUACUACACAGGCAUGCUAAAUUGUUUCCAGAAUUACAGAAAUUACAAGGUGUUGUCAGUAUUUCAUCUGUUGAAACGGCAAAAAAGUCUACCUCUAAUAAAGGAGAAAAACCGACUCUCGCUAAAAGUGAUAUCGCACAAGUAAGCGCAAAAAAUAUAAAUGCGUUGGCUGAUUACUAUAGCUCUGAUAAUCUUUAUGAAGAAAUCGUGGAUGCGUUCUCAACGUAUGGAUUGCAGGCAUCUACGAUAGAGCAAUUGUUACCUUAUAUGACUGUUAGUGUACCCGCAUUUCUCGAUAUGGUUGACCAACAUCGUCCUACAGCUGUGCCGAGGGACAGGUUACUCCUGCUGAAAAAGUUUGCAUCUGCCGAUAACCUGGACAGGGAACUCUUUAAGUCUACCACAGUAGUUAGACUGAAGGAACUACUUACUUCGUUUGGUCUCAAAUCAUAUGGUAGUAAGCCUGAAUUAAUGAAUAAGGUUAUUUUGUUUGUCAAUAAGAUGAAGCAAUUCGCUAACAACCUAACAGCUCAGUUGCAUAAGGUUGAGUCAGAUGAUAAACCAACGUCGAGCGAUGAGCACAGAGACACAGUGUCUAAAGUUGAUCGCGUUAGCCGUGGUUCCGACAUUGAAAAUGACGACGUAUCCGAAGACAGUCAAUCCAGUUUUGACUAUACCGUUGAUCUAGAUGACACUGAUGUGACAACAAGGUCUAUACCUUCCACCGGAUACCACUCUCGCGAUAGUGAGGCUGAUACACCAGCAGGUAUUAGGCGUUUAAUAUCCAAAACUAAAAUAUUGGAUGACGAUACGGAUGUGGUUGUUCAGCGAGAUUUCAACAGUAGUGGCGAAACUGAAUUAAUGACGCCAACUCGCGUUGCAAAGACAAAGGUGAAUGCUGGUAAUAGCGCAUCUACUAGUGCCGGUCUUAACCGUGACGACAAUAGUGAUACGGAUAUUUUUGAUGAUAUAUCAUUGUCUUUCUCCGAUACUGACGACGAAGCACCACCUAAAAAGACGGUUAUCAAAAAAUCUAAAACUGUCAAAUACAAACCGGAAAAGAAGGACGAUCAUCAAAGUAAGGGAUCUGCUAAAGUUGAAACGAGGAAGCAAAAGAGGUCAACGGAGAAGUUGUACGUGGGCAGCGCUCUGCACGAAAUGGUGUGGAAUCGCAUAGUUAUUGACGAGGCACAUCACAUAAAGGCAAAGAACAAUUCGACGUCUAAUGCUAUUUUGGCAUUGCGUUCAAAUGGCACCAGGUGGUGUCUCACGGGCACGCCUUUACAGAAUCGUGUUGGAGAUGUCUUCAGUCUGAUUAGAUUUUUGCGUAUGUACCCAUAUGCUCAUACCUUCUGCAGCAGUCAACACUGUGAAUGUUCUAGCAUUGAGGUUUCCAGUGAGGACUACAAGUACUGUGAUAGCUGUGGCCACUCACGUUUCUUGCAUUAUGUCUAUUUUAAUAAGUUUGUGCUCAGACCAAUUCUUCUAUCUGGAUAUGAAAACCAGGGUAUGGUAGCGAUGAACAUGCUGCAUCACGACAUCCUUGAUCGCAUAAUGCUUCGUCGUACGAAAUUGCAGAAGGCUGAAGAUGUGAAGCUACCUCCAAUGAACGUUACCAUACGUCGUGACAGCCUAUCAGAAUCCGAACGUGAUUUUUACGAGGCCAUAUACAAGCAAUGCAAUGUUAAAUUUGACACUUACGUCCAAGCCAACACUCUGCUUCACAAUUAUGCUCAUAUCUUCGAUUUACUUACGCGUCUGCGACAGGCUGUGGACCAUCCGUAUCUCAUUCUUUAUGGUCCUUCAUCUCUUGCCCAUAAAGCUUUUAUGGCAACAGACCCUACUGUAAAAGCUGAAUUGGAAGCUAAAGUGAGCCAAUCUCUUCCGGCAGCUGGAUCCGAGCGUGUCUGUGCCUUAUGCUUUGAAUCAUUGGAAGAUGUUGGUGAAUUCUUAACUGCUAAUUGCCAGCACUUGUUUCACAAGCACUGCUUAAAUUCCUACAUUGAAUGUAGACCUGUCGACUCCGGCGAUGAAUGUGAAAAAGGUAUAACUUGCCCUGUGUGUUAUGUUCCUCUUACUGUAAAGAUGACGUCUACUGCUGAUGCUGCUAAUAGUGAAAACACUAGCACUGCCAACGUUGGCGUGAGUAAGAACAGUAUACUGCAGCAUUUCAAGCUUAGCGAGUUUAAAUCAAGCACCAAGAUAGAGGCAUUAUUCCAGGAACUAACCACCGUUUUAACAACUACGUCGGACAAGUCUAUUGUAUUCUCUCAGUACUGUUCGAUGCUGGACCUCAUUGCAUAUAGGCUCAAGACUGCCAACAUUGAAUGUGCUGUUCUUGUUGGUAAUACUAAAAUAGAAUCACGACGCAAUAUUCUUCUGGAAUUUAAUAAAAAUCCGUCAUUGAGGGUUAUGCUGAUCAGUCUGAAUGCUGGCGGUGAGGGUCUCAACUUACAAAUAGCCAAUCGCAUAUUUUUAAUGGACCCUUGGUGGAACCCUGCUGCUGAGCUUCAGGCUAUUCAGCGUGCUCAUCGUAUCGGCCAGACCAAACCGGUCUAUGCAAUUCGUUUUAUUUGCAAGGACACAAUCGAGGAGCGUAUCAUUGCGUUGCAGGAAAAGAAGAUGAUACUAUUUGACGCCACUAUAUGUUCAUCUGGUGAAUCUAUGAAAAAGUUGACUUCAGAAGAUUUGUCAUUUCUGUUUAACCGUUAGAGCCAUUUGGAUACACGCUAUGUGAUAUACCCGGCGAUGAUAUGUGCCA